UUUAAAUUUUUUGGUGCUCAUAAAAAAAUAAUGUUUAAAAGUUCCUCGUCAGUUAAAAAUUUUUGGUUGUUAAACUCCAAUUUGAAGUUAUUAGAUUUGAAUGGAUUUGUUGGAAAACGUGCCAAGGCAACAGCUCUGAACCUUGCUGAAAAUUUGGAAGACACAAAACUCAACGAGACCACCAACAACGUUCAAACCAACAACAUCGUCAUCAGCAGCGGCACUGGCAGUGGCACUGGCGAAAGCGUUAACAUUCCCAAUGCUAAUUUAGUUACAUCAUUGGCGGAAGAUCGCUAUAAAUUCGGUCACGUCGGACGGGAAUUGCAGCAAAAGAUUGCUUUAGAGCGCAAGUUACGUACUCCUCCGUUUUUAAACUUGGUAUUUGCUAACAGGAAAUUAUCAUUUUACGACACCAGCAAGGCUCCCAGCCAUGACGACAAUACUCACAUACAGAAGCGAUUCUUAUCGAUACGGCCUCAUCGGGAACAAGAGCAACGAAAUGCUGAAGAUGUGCUCUUCGAUAUGUUCUGCAAUGAGGAAAGUGGUCUCAUAUCAAUGGGCAAAUUCUUGGCAGCCCUCAAGACCACCGGCAUACGUCGCAGCGAUCCACGCAUACGCGAGCUGAUGGAGAAUUUAAAGAAAGUGCAUAAACUUUCCAAUUAUGAGUCGGGCUCAUCAGCCGAAACACAAAAUCUUAAUCGUGAGACAUUCAAAGCUGUCAUAGCACAAAAUAUUGUUUUAAUUGCCAAAGCAUUUCGACAACAAUUCGUUAUUCCCGAUUUCUCUGGAUUUGUGCGCGAUGUUGAAGACAUCUAUUGGAAGUGUAAGAGUAAUACUGAUGGUCAUGUCGCAGAUUACAUACCGCAAUUAGCACGCUAUUCUCCAGACUCUUGGGGUGUUAGUAUUUGCACAAUUGAUGGACAACGUUAUUCAGUUGGCGAUGUUGAAGUACCAUUCACUCUACAGAGUUGCAGCAAGCCUUUAACUUAUGCCAUAGCUUUAGAAAAGUUGGGUCCAAAAGUGGUACAUUCCUAUGUUGGGCAGGAACCCAGUGGCAGAAACUUUAACGAGUUGGUUUUAGAUCAUAACAAUAAACCACACAAUCCUAUGAUUAACGCUGGCGCUAUACUAACCUGUUCCUUACUGCAGGCUUUGAUCAAGCCUGAAAUGACUGCAGCCGAAAAAUUUGAUUAUACAUUAUCCUGCUUUAAGCGUUUAUCUGGCGGCGAAAACAUUGGCUUCAACAAUGCCGUAUUUCUGUCUGAACGUGAAGCAGCGGAUAGAAAUUAUGCUUUGGGCUUCUAUAUGAGAGAAAAUAAGUGUUUCCCCAAACGCACUAACUUAAAAGAAGUUAUGGAUUUCUAUUUCCAAUGUUGUUCUAUGGAAACUACAUGCGAAGCAAUGGGUGUGAUAGCCGCUACUUUGGCUAACGGUGGCAUUUGCCCCAUCACUGAAGAAAAAAUACUACGUCCUGAAGUUGUGCGUGAUGUAUUAAGCAUUAUGCACUCCUGCGGUACCUAUGAUUAUUCCGGCCAAUUUGCUUUUAAAGUCGGUUUACCUGCUAAGUCUGGUGUAUGUGGUGGCAUGAUGCUAGUCAUACCAAAUGUAAUGGGUAUUUUCACCUGGUCACCGCCAUUAGAUAAACUAGGCAAUAGCGUGCGUGGUGUGCAAUUCUGUGAAGAACUAGUUAGUGUGUUCAACUUCCAUCGUUACGAUAACUUAAAACAUGCAUCAAAUAAGAAGGAUCCUCGUAAACAUCGUUACGAGACGAAGGGAUUAUCUAUUGUCAAUUUGUUGUUCUCAGCCGCUAGUGGUGAUGUCACCGCUUUACGUAGACAUCGUUUAUCUGGCAUGGAUAUUACAUUGGCUGAUUAUGAUGGCAGAACUGCAUUACAUUUGGCUGCUUCUGAAGGUCAUUUGGACUGUGUUAAAUUUUUACUAGAACAUUGCCAUGUACCACAUAAUCCCAAAGAUCGUUGGGGAAAUAUGCCAGUUGAUGAGGCUGAAAACUUUGGUCAUCACAGCAUUGUUGAUUAUCUCAAAGAGUGGAGCGAAAGGGCCUCCACAACUACUGACACUAAAACUGAGGCUAUUAUUAAAAAUACUGACGCUGAUGAGGAAAUCAUAACUUCCGAUCGCAGUGACUAUGACCGCAGUGCUACUGCCAGUCCAAUUCCUUCUGAAGAUAGCAGCAGUGGUCCUGAUGACAAUACAAGACCAGGCUUUUAAAAAAAUAAACCCAAAAGCACAUGGAGAAUCUCCCAAACGUAAUACACAAGCAAUCGAACAAGAUUUAUUUAGAACAGCAAUGUAUUUUCGGAAUAUAUUUUAGCUUCAUAUAGUUUUUUAGAUCACAUAUACAAUAUACAUAUAAGUAUGUUAUAUAAUUUCGUCGUGUGUAGUUUUUAUUGUAUUGUACCUUCUUAAAUAUUAGGAUUCAUAUAUGAACAGAUAAAAUCAUAAACAAAAUUUAAUUUAAAAAUAAGUCCAAUUUCACUUGUUAAUGUUUUUAAAAUUGCAUAAAAAAAUUAAAAUGGGAAAUCGAUUAAUUUUAUAGAGAUUUUGUGUGGUAUGUCGAGACUUGACUUAUUAUAUAGAAAAA